AUGUCAGGUGUCUCAGAUCUGCUGGCCUUGAGCCCUCUGGAUCACAUCCCCGCGAAGCUCUUCCUGCCAUAUAUCUUGCACUUUGACACAUCCGACAACCAAGCCGCCCUCUCCACCCUCCGGAAGGGCAUCGAUACAUUGAUCCUACAAUUACCCUGGCUCGCUGGAGAUGUGAUCCUCCAUAGUGCACCCAACGGUCCCAAGAACCGGAUGCAUAUUGCGCCCCCAAGUAUUCCGCUUUCUGAAGUACCCAUGCUGCGGGUCAAGCACUUUGAUGGCGACGAAGAUUUCGGCACGCACCCAGUCCAAUCUUACCUGCCCCUUCCCACUUUCAUUCCCGCCUCCCAACAGCGACCGGUUCUCCGCUUCCAGGCCAAUGUGUUCCCCAGCAAAAUCGUUGUGGCCAUGUCCUUCUGGCACAGCGUCUUCGAUGGUACCGGGGCUGGUAUUAUCCUUGAAGCGGUUGCCGAAUGCUGCAGGUCAGCCAACGGAGAGCACGAAACACCUCUUGCGGAGACCCUCGCAAAAACCCAUGUCGACCUUCGUAACAUGGUCUCGGGUUUCCCGUUUAAGUGCGCAACGCGGCUCGAUCACAGCGUUGAGCUGGGCACGCCGGUUUUUGACCCCAAUACUUCCACGGAGCAGUGGAAUGCCAUGGAGUGGGCUAUGGCCUCUAGCGUCGAGACAAAGCGAUAUAGCUUCAGCCCCGAGAAAGUAGCCAAGCUGAAGAACAUAUGCACCCGGCUUCUCCCACAGCUAGAGUCCUCUGCGUGGAUCUCCAGCAACGACCUUAUUACAGCAGCGCUCGCUAUCUGCGUUGACCGAGCCCUUCACCCAGAACGGGCGAGCAAGACCCAAUCUGCCGAUUUCCUCAUGGCCGUCGACUUGCGCAGCCGUGUUCAGCCCCCACUACCAAAGACCUACCUGGGUAACUCGAUCUUCCCCGUCCACGACGAGAUCUACAUUGAAGACGUAGCAGGCCAGACCGGCGACGAUGCAGACCUUCUCCACCUGGCCCACCUGGCGCUGAGGGUCCGCACCAAGCUUGCCUCAAUGGACGAGACGCUUAUGUACAGCGCGUCCGCAGCGGUCGCCGAUUAUGAUGACUGGACCAAGGUCGAGGCAGGGCCCGCAGGUAUCAUUGUGACCAGCUGGAGGGGCCUUAAGGUCUUUUCCUUGGACUUUGGGGCUGGGCUCGGUCACAUUGCCGACUUCGAGCCUGGGCUGACGCUUGUCCCAGGCGGAUGCAUCUUUCUGCCGUCGCGGAAGUCGCUGGAGCAGAGUGGGUCGACGCCGACAUGGGAAGUAUGCAUCACCCUGAAGACUGGAGAUUCAGAACUGCUUGAAAAAGAUUCACUAUUCAAGCAAAUCCUCGCAUGAUUCAGUGAUAAAAGGGAUGACUAGAAUGAUGUUCAUUCAUAAAUAUUGGGUUCGACCUGAGCGUCAGUGUGGGAAGGAGUCUGUGACAAUGCCAGCAGUGCUGCAACGUCCAUUCACAUGCUGCUUUCUACUUCUAUCCCGAGCCCGUUGCUUGCUUGAGCUCGGAUUGCAGCUCCACGCCAAGCUGCGAGCCCGAUCUGGGAAUCCAUCUAGGGAGUGUAAUAUAAUAGCAAUAACAUCCGUCCAAGUUCUUGAUUUCUCCGAGUCCGUGCAAGCUGGAAAACCGAGUGGACAGUAGAAGGUCCUGCAAGGAUCAAUUGCAG